GAUGAAGUAGAAAGAAACAGUACUAAUGAGCAAUUGGCUGAAAGAGUUUAUCGAAGUUUAAAAGGGAUGAAGUAUCUUAUUGUCCUAGAUGAUAUGUGGUCCAUCAAGGCUUGGCAGCAUGUGAGGAGAUCAUUUCCAGAUGAUCGUAAUGGAAGUCGAAUCGUGUUGACCACAAGGCUUGUAGAUGUUGCAUCUUGUGUUUGCUCUGGCAAUUCCCUUCACCAGAUGCGUUUUCUGAGCAUGGAGGAAAGCUGGGAUCUUUUAAGCGGUAAGGUCUUUGGGAAUGGUAGUUACCCUCCGGAAUUGGAGAAAAUUGGGAGGUACAUUGGCCAUCAGUGUCAAGGGUUGCCACUUGCAGUUGUUGCAAUUGGUGGACUACUUUCCAAGAUGAGCAAGGAAACAAGUUCUUGGGAGAAUGUUGCAGAAAAGAAACUCGUGAGAUCCCGGUCUGGAAGUUAAUAAAGUUAUGGAUUGCUGAGGGCUUCGUCAAGAAAGUUAAUCAUAAAAAUCUAGAAGAUGUGGCAGAGGAAAAUUUGAGGGAGUUGGUUGAUAGAAGUU